CAACAUUCCACUAUACAGGAGAGCGUUGUAUUAAUUUUAUUCUAGCCCUUCACCCUUUUACUCUUCACUUCAGAUAUACAAGAAAAUUUCCAAUAUGCAGGCGCCUGUAGUAGUAAUGAACACCCAGAGUGGUGAUAGACAAACUGGUCGAAAAGCUCAGAUGUCGAAUAUCACCGCAGCCAAAACUGUCGCAGAUAUUAUUCGAUCAUGUUUGGGCCCAAAAGCUAUGCUAAAGAUGUUGUUGGAUCCUAUGGGCGGUAUUGUUUUGACAAAUGACGGACAUGCCAUUCUCAGAGAAAUUGAAGUGUCACAUCCUGCAGCGAAGAGUAUGAUUGAGUUGAGCAGAACACAAGAUGAGGAAGUCGGAGAUGGAACUACUAGUGUUAUUAUUCUUGCUGGUGAAAUGUUGGCACAAUCCCUUCCACAACUAGAAAGAAACAUCCACCCUGUCGUUAUUAUUUCCGCUUUCAAGGCCGCACUGAAAGAUGCUCUCGAGAUCAUUGAAGAAAUUUCCCUCCCAGUCGAUAUCAACGAUGAUAAAGCCAUGUAUCAACUCAUCUCAUCCUCAAUCGGCACAAAAUUCGUUUCUAGAUGGUCUGAACUCAUGUGCAGCUUAGCACUCAAGGCUGUACGAACGGUAACUCACGAUAUCGGAGGUGGCAAGAAAGAGGUUGACAUCAAGCGUUAUGCAAGAGUUGAGAAGAUUCCAGGUGGAGAAAUCGAGGACAGCAGAGUUUUGGAUGGUGUUAUGCUCAAUAAAGAUAUUACCCACCCAAAGAUGAGACGGAGAAUCGAGAACCCCAGAAUUAUCCUAUUAGAUUGCACAUUGGAAUACAAGAAGGGAGAAUCACAGACGAACAUUGAAAUCAGCAAAGAGGACGAUUGGAACAAGAUUUUGCAGAUUGAGGAGGAGCAGGUCAAGCUUAUGUGCGAUUCUAUUCUUGCUCUUAAGCCAGAUUUGGUCAUCACUGAGAAGGGUGUCUCUGAUCUCGCACAACAUUACUUGAUGAAAGGAAACGUUACUGCACUCCGUCGUGUCCGAAAAACAGAUAACAACAGAAUAGCUCGUGCAACUGGCGCCACUGUCGUCAAUAGAGUGGACGAUCUCCAAGAAUCUGAUGUUGGAACCCAGUGUGGUCUGUUCGAGAUCGAGAAGAUUGGUGACGAAUACUUCACGUUUUUGACCAAAUGCGAAUCGCCCAAGGCAUGCACUAUCUUACUGAGAGGUCCAUCCAAAGAUAUCUUGAAUGAGAUUGACAGAAACUUGGCUGAUGCUAUGGCCGUUGCACGAAAUGUCAUGUUCCACCCCAGAUUAUCGCCCGGAGGAGGUGCUACUGAAAUGGCUGUUGCAGUCAGACUAGGUCAACUCGCAAAGAGUAUUGAGGGUGUGCAGCAAUGGCCAUACAAGGCUGUAGCUGAAGCUAUGGAAGUCAUCCCAAGAACUUUGAUUCAAAAUGCCGGUCAGAGUCCAGUCAGAGUCCUCACAGCAUUGAGAGCAAAGCAUGCUGAGGGCGGAAGUUCAUGGGGUAUUGAUGGUGACAAGGGCACUUUGGUUGAUAUGAAUGAGUACGGUGUUUGGGAGCCAGAGGCAGUCAAAUUACAAAGUAUCAAAACUGCAGUUGAGUCCGCCUGCCUCCUCCUGAGGGUCGAUGAUAUUUGCAGCGCCAAAGCCGCAAGAGCACCUGGUGCACCUGGCGGUGGGGAGGAAUAG